ACAUCAUCAAGCCGCGCGACCGUUCGUUGUGUGCCUCUCACUCCUCGCGCCAGCUCCGGAGGUGUGCGGGAGCCAUGGCUGCCGCGAACCCGUGGGACCCGGCGUCCGCGCCGAGUGCAGCUGGGCUACUGCUGAACCACUGGGUGGCUUCGGGGAUAGUCACCGAGGAGAUGUUAGAUAUAUCUAAGAAAACAGAUCCUUGCUUUGUGAACUUCUCCAGAUUACAGCAGAUCUCAGAUAUUCAAGCUGAAAUCUCCCAGAACAACCUGGAAAUUGAACUUCUGAAACUGGAAAAGGAUACAGCAGAUCUUACUCAUCCUUCCUAUUUGGCUGAGAAGUGUGACACUCUGCAAAGCAUGAGUAAUCAUCUGGAAACAGUACUAAAAGAGAAGCGAGCCAUCAGGCAAAGACUGCUGAGACCCACAUGCCAGGAGAACCUGCCAGUGGAAGCUGUUUAUCACAGAGAUAUGGUACGUUUGUUGGAAUUAGCUGUGACUUUCAUUGAGAAAUUGGAAACCCAUCUUGAAACAAUUAGAAAUAUCCCUCAUUUAGACGAAAACCUAAAGCAAAUGAGCAAGGCUUUAGCCAAGAUGGAUAUUUUGGUGAACGAGACGGAAGAACUGGCAGAGAAUAUACUCAGGUGGCGAGAACAACAAAAGGAAAUUUCCUUGGGUAUCCCCAAAAUACUGACUGAAGAAAAUUAUCUUCACAGAGUUGAUGUAGUGCCUCCUUUACCUUUUGUUUCUAAAGUUCAUGCCCAAACUGUUAACACCAAGUGAUUGCUAUCUUUCCUUUUGGUAAUUACGUGUAGUCAAGUCCAUUUCUAGGUGACGAUGACAAGGACAUGGAUAGGCUUUGUUGCUAGCAACACUGCAAAAGCCCUCUUAUUCAUUGGAGUACCAGGACCAGACAGAUGUCUCAGCAGGAAAAAGCUCCUGCUUCAGCCUGACACCCUGAGCUCAAUCCCUAGGAUCCACAUACCUUUUUUUCAUCCCUUUUCCUCUCUUUGGCAAAGCUAAAAAAGAUCAAAUAUAUGUUUGAUAACUUAUUAUAAGUGAGUUGAACAUUCUUCAGACAGCGGAUUCUGUAUUAUGUCUUUUAAAAAUGUUCCUGAAGUGGAAUAUUCCUGAGUUUGAAAACUUCCGUGGUGACUGUUCCUAGGAAGUUGCAGAAUAGUCACAUAGCAGUCUGUUCCCUUGAAGGCUUGAUAAAGUGUAGUUCCUUGGCUGGCACAGCUAGAAACUAAUGUAAUAGGAGGAUGCGGAGGGCUCAGUGUGACCAGGCUGUGCAGUGUGGUUUAUGUGGGCACUUGCUUUCCUUCUGAAAGUCUAGGAUGUUGGUACAUACCAGGCAGAAAGUACCUUUGUUACUGGUCUCUGGCAAAAUUCUGGAGCACCAUAGCCUUAACAAUUUUGGUGGUAGACUGCACUUCAUAGUGUUACAGUUCAGUUACUAUGCUAGUUCACAGCUGUGAGUGUGAUGAUGCUAAGUCUUAUAUAUCCUCUUAGCAGAUCACUGAACCUGGUUGUGUUCUCAGGAGUGCCUGGGAAACAGAUGCUGAGGAUGUGUGCUGGCAGCCUUGGGGCAGGCAAAGAAGAAAGAUUGGGGUGGGGGGAGGCAUGUUGUGAUAAAGUUUUUGUUUUGAUACUUCUUAUAUGUAGCCAAGGCAGAACUUGAACUUACUGUGUAGCCCAGGCUGGUCUCAAACACAUGAUACUUCUUGCCUCAGCCUCCCAAAUGCAGGAAUCAUAGACAUGUGCCAUCAUAUCUAGCUAAAGCUUAGAGGUUUGUAAUGGAAAAUAUGAUAUAUUGUACCUACCUAGGGCUAUUCAUAAAAUAGACACUAGUAUACUUAAAGUAGAGAUAGUAACAACUGCCUUAAGCUGUUCUUGUUUACAUUGGUACUGGAAGUACUUCUGACUUAUAUUUAAACUGGGGUUCUGUUUUCCUUUAAAAUGUGUGCAUCAGUAUUUCCAUACUGUUACAUUCUGUGUCACGGGAGUUUAGCGAACCUUCUGUUCAUCACAUUCUCAAUACAAGACUUCACCUGUUAGAUAGUAAAGUAGAUGUUCAUAAAACACAGGAUCCUUACCCCCCUCCAAAGAAAAAAACCACUAUUAAAACAACAGACCAUUGUUUUGAAAAAGUCUACAGCUUUUAUAAAUGUGCCAUACAAGAAUGGUGUUGAGAUUUUGAACAUCACCCAGACAACUCAUCAAAAUCCUUAUUUAUAUUUAAUCUCAAAUCUCUUUUAACAUCUAGUCAUUUUCCUUGUAUGAUUUCUUGUGUAUUAUGUGUAUACAUGUGUUCAUUAUCACAUUACCACUAUUAAUAUCCCUGGUGAUUUUGUAUUUUUAUUUCCUAUUAAUGCCUCACGAUGUAAAAAUAAACUAAUUUCAACUAAA